AUGCACGUUUUUUUCAAUUGGUUAGAAAUGAUAAGCAUUGAAAUAACAUAACCAACCUCUCGUGCAUUGGGACACCUGUCAAGUCGAUAGCCAGGACACAGAAACAAAAUUUUGCAGUUUAAAGUCAACGAAUGUGACAAAGUGUGCGAGUAAAUUAUUGCGGAAGGAACAUUAAUAACAGAGAGCGAGCUGCCCCGUCCCUCAUUCAGCUGUUAUGCAAGCAGGGGGCAGACAAUUGAAUUAGCCGGCAUGCUGCUCAAUCGAUUUGUCUUGGCAAUAAAGACCCAGUCCAGGGAGACUCUACGCGCCUGGAGCUAUCAGUGCGAGUCGAUUUUCGCCCAGCGCUCUCGCCGCAUCCAGCAGUUGCUAACAUUCUAUCAGUCGGUCUACGGUACACAGGGUCUCAAGCAGCUAUGGCGCGCCUAUUACCGUCGCGAGCUGCAACCGCCUAUACGUGGAUUAAUGCUGAGUGCGGUGGGCCUCAUGGGAUUGAACAUCAAGCGGAUGGGCAGCGAUGGCUUCGACUGGAACAAGGAGCGCCUGGCGCUCUCCAAUUUCGACAUGUGCCGGCGGGACAUUGAGUUCAUCAACACACUGCCAAAUAACCAGCUAUGUGAUCGCUGCAAGGCAAAGAACAUGAAAUACUGCUACUGCCUGUUGGGGAAUCAGAGGUGUCGGAAGGGCGGUGCAAACGUCCCGUCGAUGGGCAAGCAGGGGCUGGUUCCAGGUGCGGGUGCGGGUCCGGGUCCGGGUCCGGACACCGGCACCAUACGCAACUGCCAGAAGCCCUUGGAGUUGGAUACUCGAGAUGCGCCAGCGGGAGUGGUUCGGAUUCAGGCACAAGACGAUCACACAUGGGAGCCGUACUUUAGUAAAAACGAGUUUAGCAUAUGGAGGCGAGAGGAACAGUCCUCUUUAUACUCAUAUAAGGUAUAUGCACGCUUUGAUGACAUCACGGCAGACGAUUUCCUCCAUGUGCAAACAGAUCUUGAUUAUCGCCGACAGUGGGACGAUACGGCCCUGAGACUGGAGCUUAUAAGCGAGGAUCCCGUGCCGGGGAGUAAUUCGCAUUUGAUCUACUGGGAAAUGCAGUGGCCGCGGCUGUUUGCCAACCGGGACUAUGUCUACUGUCGGCGCUACAUAAGGGAUGAGACGCGAAAGAUGAUAUUCAUUUGCAAUCGCGGGGCCAAGCACAGCACAUAUCCAGCACUGCCCGGAAAGGUGAGGGUGACCGACUACUGGAGCCUUAUGGUUAUCAAGCCCUUCCGCGGAUUCCACGAGCCUGGCCUGCAUUUCAUACUCACCUAUUACGAUGACCCAGGGAUACCCAUACCGCAGAACAUCAAGUCUUGGGUAACCCAGAAGCAAAUGCCCGAGUUCCUAACCAAAAUGUAUGUGGCCACAAAGAACUAUGCCUGCACGCGUGCCCUCAAAAUGAAGGACAUGUUCAGUACCUUUAACCUGGCCAACGAGGAGUACACGGCCAAUGCUCAGCGUGGCAGCUGGCUGGGAAGUCUGUCCCGGACCAAGGUGAACAGUCGUGACAAUGAGACGAAGCGUUGAGUUAAGCUGGAUCUCCUCUUCUCAUUCAUAAGGCUCCUCCCUGCCCUGCAAAACAUACCCUUGGAUCCCUUCAUCUAUUUCUAACGAUUUUUCAAAUAUUUUGGCAAAAUAAACCUACAUAUUUCUAGCAUUAAAUCCAAUUUCAUAGAACACCAAAGCGAAGCAAAUGUGCAAUAUUCGAGAGUGUGUAGGCAGUUUACCCUCAUGAAAUGUGUGCCACAAGGAUAAGGCUUUAUAUAUAUAGUAUAUAUCUCUAUAUAGCUAUUGAAUUCAAAAUAUAUUAAUAUAUUAGGUUAAAUAUUGUUUUUAAAGCAAAUAGAAAUUAUUGAAAUUACGUGUACAAUAAAAAUUAUACUUCAUA